CCUACGUACGCCCCACAACGAGCCAAAUAACGCAAACGAUUAGAUUAGCCUAUAGAGAGUGAAGAGUUAAGCUGAAAUUCUGCCUUUGGAACGCGAGAAAAGAGCAGCAACGAUUUUGCAAGCCAAUCAUGGAAGUCGAGGGAUCAUCGAAGACAAUGAUAGCAACGCAGGCUGAGAUGGUGGAGGCCAGGGUGCCCAUCUCCUACAGAGACCAGUGCGCUCAUCUGCUGAUACCGCUCAACAAGUGCCGCCAGGCCGAGUUCUAUCUUCCAUGGAAGUGCGAGAAUGAGCGCCACGUUUACGAGAAGUGCGAGUACGAGCUUGUCAUGGAGAGAAUGCUCAAGAUGCAGAAGAUCCGUGAAGAGGAGGCGAAACUCAAACAAGCCCAGAAGCACGGAAGCCCCAUACCUCUCAUCCCCAAAACUGCCAAUGCCUAGCUGCGAGACAUCAAGUGCUUUUCUUCUUUUUAUUUCUUGCUUUCAAAAUCUACUUAGAGAUGGAUCUUCCAGGGUCUCUGAAUACUUUUGGUGGGAAGUUAUUUGGUAGCGUUUAUCAGGAGACAUGUAACAGACUCCUUGUAUUUUCCUGGUGUUUCCUCAGUUAUGCAACCUUGUUCAAGCUUAUGGAAUAAAUACCUUACUGGGACUGAUAUUUUUUGUUUUAGCAUCCUUUGUUAGAUAUAAAUUUGCCCAUGAAUAAUAUAUCAUAAUCAUGGAUAUUUCACUA